UUUAAUAAACGAAAAAUUUUAUUAAAAGGAAAUGGGGACCAAAUGUUACCCAUAAUUUAAAGUACACAAAAGAUUCCAUCCAAAACUAGUUAAAGAAAGGGUUUCUCUAAAUAUCCAUCAUAAAAAUGGGUGACCCAUCAUCAUCUGUGGUUCAAUUAUACGUAGCCCAAUUAAACCCAUCACCUCCACAAAAUCCAAAACCAUCAGAAGCAAAAUCACGUGAAGUUGCCGUACACCAGCUGUAUUCUCAGCAUCGACUGACGAAUUGUCGAUUCCUUCUCCGGCCGAAACACGAUAGCCCAAAAGUGUCCGUGUUUGCUCCCUGCGAACGACCCCUGCAACAACAUACCAUGCGGAUAAAAACCCAUGAUGUCUCGAGUCAGCGAAAAAACUGUUGCAAGCCUAUGUUCUAUGCACGAGAAACCAUCGUAAGUGAAGAACCGCAUCAAAAUUGUCAUCCCCUAUCUGGUUGCACCAGAAAUUCUCAAAUUCCAUAUGACGCCCGAAAACCACCCAAGAAGCGAAAGAAAGCUUUGAUACAACCAACCAAAAACUCUCGCGUCGCCCAACAACUCACUGAAUCCGCUUGUCACCGUUGAUUACAUGGAGGAUGUGUCGAAAGAGCCUCCACCCCACGGUAUGAGCAACACACAAGAUUGAUGGCUCAAUUCCGAACUGAAACCCAUCGUCCAGUGUUGAAGGUCUUCUCCCUGAGUCCGCCACAAAAUCUGGUGGAGAAAUCCUCUUUCUCCGGCGAACUGAAAUCUAUCUUCAUCUCCGUUAGCAAUAGAUGACUGCAUCUCUAAAUCAGUCUUAAACCCUCACAGUUUCAUUAUUAGAAUCCCCUAUAUAUGAAGUAAGAAGUUGCGAUUGAAUCCUAUCUGCCCAAGUGGCCAUCAAAUCCCAUCUGCCUCGUAAAGCCUAACGCCAUAAAUUACAACAAUGCUCUCGCUCUAGGAGAGCCGCUCUAGGAUGCCUCGUUACCUACGUCCUAUUAACAUUAGAAUACGUGAAAG